AUGUCAAACUCGAGCGAUUCGGACGUUCAGGACGAUGUUCAGGACCAGCUUCUCACCAACAUGUGCAGUAUUGCAGUAGCAGCGUUUUUCAUCUACGAGAGCGUGAUUGUCUUCGGCCGUGAAGUGGAGCUGUUCUGGAAGGCAAGACCAUCCGGGGCCACCGUCAUCUUCUUAACCAACAAGUACUUCCGCCUUUUAUACUACAUCUUGGGGAUCAGCGCCUUCAUGUAUACGUUUACAUUCCAGGCCGUCUACGGUAUGGGUCUCACCGGAAUAGUAGACCCAGAUAACGGCUCAUGCGGCUCGGUGAACAGUGUCUCGCUGGACACCGCGUUCAACGGCUUAGUUGUCAUUGUCUCUCGCACGGGCCUCAUCACCGCGGACCUCAUCCUCAUCGCCGUAACGUGGAUGCAGCUUUUCAGACCGAAAAGUGGUCAGAAUGGCCUUGGCAGAGGAUGGCGCAUGUCGUUCGUCAACGUGGUGCUCCGUGAUGGAACCAUAUACUUCUUUGUGAUGCUGGUGUUCAACGUGCUGCAACUCACGUUCUCACUGCUUUCGAUCUUCGGCACGGGCGACCCGUCUGCCGGAAGCAACAUCCCAAUCUUCACCGAUCCGUAA